CAGAUUGAGGACAAACUUUGGGGAGUAUUAGAAGAAAGUUCGAGCCCACAUACCGCAUCAGAUGAUCAUGGAUGCAAUCAGGGAGUUAGGAUUUGAUUGCAUAUUUAGGCUGGGACAGUUCAAGCACGACAGGGGUUUGAUUACAGCCUUUAUCGAGAGAUGGCGUGGAGAGACGCACACCUUCCACCUGCCGUUCGGAGAGGCCACUAUCACUCUUGAGGAUGUUCAUCACAUUCUCGGGUUACCCACUGAGGGUGAUCCACUCAUCCUCCGUGGAGCGAGUACCACCGUGGAGGAAAGGCGCGUGCUAGUACGCGAAUUUCUUGGGCUAUUACCAGAAGCCAAGGACGAUGUUAACCGAGGUGGUUUAAAGAUCAAAUGGCUUGUGGAUAACUUCGGGUCUUGUGAGCGGUUGGAGCAGUUGGAUCCAGAGGAUAUAGGUUAUGGUGUACAGGUUACCUACCAUAUUCGGGCGCACCUACUAUGCGUUAUUGGAUCAUUGUUCCCCCACAGCAGCGGGAAUCGCGUGCAGCUUGACCUUCUAUGGUUACUGAGGGACAUGGGCCAGCUGCGUCGGUAUAGCUGGGGUAGUGCUGUUCUUGGCUUCCUAUACCAGAAGCUAUGUUGUUCUAGCCGGGAUAACUGUACUGAUUUCUGUGGCUACGCCACAUUGCUACAGGUGUGGAUUUACGAGCGCUUUCCGUCACUAGCGCCUAGGCACAGGGGUCAACCCUUGUUCGAGUACCCGCUGGCGCUGAGGUGGAAGGCGCCACUUAGGCAUUGUGAGGUGCCGCAUGCGCAGAGCCGCAUGACACAAUAUGAGUUGGAUGCGUUGACACCCCGACAGUUUCGAUGGAGGCCAUAUGCUGAUUUACCUGCAGAGCAUCACCCGGAGGCCACUGUGUACUUGCGUUGGACGGCUCCCGCCCCCAUGAUGUACAUGUCCUACGUCGAGUGGUGCUACACGGACAGGGUGACGAGGCAGUUUGGUUUUAUGCAGGGUGUACCAUAUUCCUCUCCCUACCCUAAUCAUCAGCUGCUGCACGACCACUACAACGAGCAGAUUGAUUGGAUGUACGCGAGGCAGCCAUUUGUUGAUCUUUGGGAUACGCGCAUGGAGCGUGCCCUCGCAUCUCCUCCACUUAUGCAUGGCGAGGGUUGCACUGCCUCAUACCUGCCAUGGUUCCACAGGGUCACACGUCGAAUCAUCAUUAACCCCUUACACUGGCCACAGCAGCAGGGUGCCUUCCAGGGAACACAGCUCUCGACACAGGAACUGGAAAAUAUACAGCUUAAAUAUACAUGUUUAAAUAUACAUGCUUAA